AGGCUGCGUCGCGCGCGGAGCACUCUGGGACUUGUAGUUGUCGAGAUGGAGCGAUCAGUGCCGUACACGGUGCCUUUGGGUCAGAGGGAAGUGUUUCAGGCGCUGCAGCGGCUGCACAUGACCAUAUUCUCCCAGAGUGUCUCACCCUGCGGGAAGUUCCUGGCAUCUGGCAACAAUUAUGGGCAAAUAGCCAUCUUCAGCUUGUCUGCUGCUUUGAGCUCAGAGGCUAAAGAAGAAAGUAAGAAACCCAUAGUGAUCUUCCAAGCCCAUGAUGGGCCCGUCUACAGCAUGGUCUCCACCGAUCGACAUCUGUUCAGUGCUGGAGAUGGCGAGGUGAAGGCCUGGCUUUGGGUGGAGAUCCUCAAGAAGGGCUGUAAGGAGCUAUGGCGUCGUCAGCCCCCAUACAGGACCAGCUUGGAAGUGCCUGAGAUCAAUGCUUUGCUUCUCGUCCCCAAGGAGAAUUCCCUCAUUUUGGCAGGGGGAGACUGCCAGUUGCAUACGAUGGACCUAGAGACGGGGACCUUCACGCAGGCACUCCGGGGCCACACAGACUACAUUCACUGCCUGGCAUUGCGGGAGCGGAACCCUGAGGUGCUGUCAGGCGGUGAAGAUGGGUCUGUGCGGCUUUGGGACCUCCGCAUGGCCAAGGAGGUCCAGACAAUCGAGGUAUACAAGCACGAGGAGUGCUCAAGGCCCCACAACGGGCGUUGGAUCGGAUGUUUGGCAACUGACUCAGACUGGAUGGUCUGCGGAGGAGGCCCAGCACUCACCCUCUGGCACCUCCGAUCCUCCACGCCUACCACCAUCUUCCCCAUGUGGGCACCACAAAAGCAUGUCACUUUCUACCAGGACCUGAUUCUGUCAGCUGGCCAGGGCCCUUGUGUCAAUCAGUGGCAGCUGAGUGGGGAGCUUAAGGCUCAGGUGCCUAGCUCUUCCCCAGGACUGCUCAGCCUCAGCCUCAACCAACAGCCAGCAGCACCAGAGUGUAAGGUGGGUCUUGCAAAGAGCUGUGGCGGUCCUGGAAAGCCGAGAGUGUGGGCAGGUCCAUCACUCUUCUCUUGCCUCCAGGUGCUGACAGCUGCAGGUAGCAGCUGCCGGGUGGAUGUGUUCACCAAUCUGGGCUACCGCGCCUUCUCCCUGUCUUUCUGACCUCCGGCAACUCCCUCCCCCCACCACUGCAGGGGUCUGGACUGGUUUGUUUUUUUUUUACAAAUAAAAUUUCAGGCUUUUC